AUGGGAGCAGAAGUUCGGCGAGGUUGGGCGGAGUUAGUUGAAGGACAGGGAAAGACGGCCGGGACUCAGGGAAGUUGGACGAAUUCUUCAGCAAUCCUUGAUUGUUCGCUUGCAGGGCCAGCGCCAGUCGGGUCCGCCGCACCAGUCGAGUGUAUGAGCAAGGUCAUUGGAGGGGUUAUUGAUGGGGUCAUUGACGUUUCCAGCACCAUUUCCCUUCCUAUUCCAAAACUACAGUCCUCAAUGACUCUUCGUGACACAUUGGCCAAUGACCAAUUGGAGGAAGUAGAGGUUGUAAGGAACAAAGAUGGUACAACACCAGGUGGGUUCACCUAUGGCUUGCAUCCGGCCAUUUCACGCUGGUUGGGUCUAGUUGUAGGGGGAAAUUCUGCACUGACUACCCGCAUCCCCCACCUACCCGCACUCUGGCAUCAGCCUAUGACUACCCUGCCUACUCCCACCACUGAAGAAGUGAUGCUCGUGCAUGUGUACAAGUCCACCCCUGGCAUUAUUUCUGGGGCAUCUCAAUCUUACCUCUCCGUCACUCUUGCAUCCAAUGAACUACUGUCUCAUGUGAUCACUACACUCUGCUGCUGUUUUAAUUUGUGUCUGGUGACUGGUUUGAAGUCUGUUCCAUGUGCCCGUACUCAACGUCGGAAACGGGCAUGUCUUACUCGUGACCACCACCGCACCCUCGACACCAACGCCCAUGCCGCCAAUAUCAUUAUCCCUUCCCUGCUUGAUAAACUGCAACACUGGCCAAUCAAAUAUAACAUCACACUAUCUCAAGCUGCUCAAAUUCUCCCUCUCAAAGACAAACUAUCAUUCCUUACCCAUUCUCUUGGUAUCUGUCACACCAACUUUCACGGUAUCUCGGUGAAUCAUUGUCCUGAACAAUACACCUGUCUUUCUGCCACAGAAGAGGCUCGCCAAACUCGUGAAACUGGAUACCUUAAUUUCUUGGAGGCAGUGGGUUUGGAUGUGAUACUUCUGACAAGUGGGUUCAACGUUCUGAAGGACUCAGUUUUGGGUGAAUAUGUGGGCAUCAUAAACUUCCGGGAUCUGAGGUGUCUCUCAGUCAAAGAUCGGGAUGAAGUAUUGGAGUGUAUGAAGACGUUAAAUCUGGUGACACAUACAACACAUAUCUUAAUCAACCUUAAUGGAGCCGCAAAAUCUGGAGGAGGUCAUGGGAGGAUGCAUGCUUUUGGUUGGAAGGGCUCCUUUGCCGGUGGUGUGACUCGGUUUGACCAAUACACCCCAAAAGCUGGAAAACAAGACAAAUGGAAAGCUUUAUCAGAUGGAAAGAUGACUCAGGUUGCCAGGCAUCUUGAGGUGGAGGGACAUGCUGCUAAGGAGGGAAUACCCUGGUUUGACGCUGCUCAUGUGGACGUAGAUAUUGGAGAUCCGGACAACUUACCAUUGGGUGCAAACUCCCUGACAGUUACCUGCAAUGGAUUCUCCAACAUCCACCACCGUGAUCAACAAAAAUCUCUUUGGGCAUUUGGGCUCUUCUGGAGUGGCAAGAGUAAAGGUGGUAGGUUCACAGGGGAGGUGAGGGAGGUGUGCACAGCGAUCAGUGGAGGUGAGUUCUGGUGGGCUGAAGAUGGAGUGGCAGUGGGAGCGGCACCAGACGAUGUGUAUGCGGAAGUGGCAUGGCGGGUGUCACAACGUAGUUCGUGA